AUGGCGCUUCCAGACAAUCCUCCCGUAUAUGUGGAUGGGUUCGAAAGAAGAAUGUUCUUCGGAGAAAAAAGUGUCAAUUGGUACUCGAGGGACGAGCGACGCAGAGUAACUCGUUUUCUCGUCCAACGACGUCCGAAUCUCCGUCAAAUUUGCCGAGCCGACGAAAUCGACUAUCUUCUAUACGAUUGCGUAGAAAAGCCGUGGGAUUUGAAAAACUCACGAAGCGUCAAUCGACUAUUCAUCGAUUACGUAGUUGCCAGCGGCUACGAGGACGUGCCCGUAAUUUUGAUCAAUCCUGAAAAUCGCGUAAACCGCAACGAGCCGAGGCCGUUUCCCCGGGUCAGCGCGCUGCAUCGCCUGGCCGAAUACUACCACGGCCAUUCCCGAGCAGAGCGCUACUUGGUCGACGUGGCCCGCCAGCUUUUCCAAUCGGUGUUCCGCCGCUUCGACGUCAACUGCAUAGACGUGAAAACGGGCUGGACGCAUUUGCAAGCGGCCUGCGUGUUCGGCCUCGUCGACCAAGUCCGGCAGUUUCUCGAUCACGGCCACGAUCCCGAUUAUCCUUGGUGGGAGACGCACGAUACGCCGCUGCACGUAGCGGCGCGGAACGGAGACAAGAAAAUGAUCGAGCUGCUGGUGAGUCGCGGCGCCAAGCCGACUCUGCUGAACAGGGACAAACUGACUCCUCUGGACGUCUUUCUCAUGGCCGGCCACGGAGACGACGUCCCAUUGGUCUGGAUGAUGCUCGAGGCAGGCCGCGACGAAUUCCAGCCGGACAAGGUGCACCAAUUGCUGCGAUGGGCCGUGACCAAGAGCCUGCCGAACGUGACGAAAUUACUGCUGAGUAACGGCGCCGACCCCACUUUCGAUCCGAGCUCGCGUCCAACUAAAAGUUACAUUCGCCACACGAAGCAAUCGACUCUCUCUCUGAUGUUCGAGACUUUCGACGACGGCCACCUGUUGGCCAUGUUGUCGAUGACGUUCGGCCAGCGGCUGCUGACGAUCGACGCCCGGGACAAUACUCGAGGCGGUCGAGCCGAGCCGCUGCUGCACAUGGCUCUGGCUCGCGGACGCACCAACACGAGGACGGCCUGGAUGCUGCUGAAACUCCGAGCGGAUCCGAACGCGCUGAAUGCCGAGGGGAGGACUGCUCUGCACGUCCUUUGCGACCGAGAGCCGGACGUUAGCUUGACCAAGUGGUUCUUCGACGCGAUCGACGAGAUGGGCCUGCGGCUGGAUAUCGACGCGCGAGACAACGACGGUUGCACGGCGCUGCACCUGGCCGUGCAAGGCAGACGCCGCGAGUCGGCCGAGCUGCUGCUGGAAAGGGGCGCGGAUCCGAACGCGACUACGACCCUUCGUCAAGAGCAGGGCCAUACGUCCGGCUGGUCACCGCUUCACUCCGCUCUGAGCCGCGGCUACAUCGAGUUGGCCGAAUUGCUGCUGAGAAACGGAGCGGAUCCCGAUGCGGCCGACGCCGAGGGAUCGACGCCUCUGCUGGUCAUUUGCAAGACGGGCUGGCCGGGCUCGAACGACGGCUCGUUGGAGCGAUUCUUCGAGAUCUGCGACGAGCUUCGGCUGACGCUGCGGCUCGACGUCGCGGACCACGAGGGGCGGACGCCGCUUCAAUGGGCCGUGUGCAGCCUGCGGCCGAGCGCCAUCGACGCGCUCCUGGAUCGCGGCGCCGAUCUGGCCGGCUUCGUCUUUCCCAGCGCGGAUUGCUUCGCCGCGCGCUUCCGCUCGACGAUCGUUCGCGGUCGUACCGUGGAAUUGCAAAUAGUGUCCAGCGCUCUGCGCACGAUCGAGAGACUCGAGAGCAGAGGAUACGAGCCGAAGCGAAGCGACGCCCUGACGAUAAUGACGUUUUUACAACCUUACAUGCGUCACUGCGAGCAACUGACGAGAGGAUUUUUCCGGGCUUGGGCGAUCGAGUGUUUGAUAGAGCUCACGGGCUUUCGACUGCCGCUCGAGUGCUACGAAAAGAUCAUCGACUACGAUUCCAUCGUAAACACCGUUUUACAUCAAAUUUGCUUGGCGACUACCGUUCAAAGCUCGUGA